AUGAACGCUAGCACUGAACAGAAGAAAACACACACAGAGCCACAGUCAAUUAUAAAAAGAUUUUUGAUCAUGAUAAUGAGUAUGAUAGAGAGCGUUUUGCUAAAGAUACAGUCUCUAGCCAAAGACGUGCUCAACAAAAAGAGCAGCAAAGCAUCAAAAGCAUCAAAAUCAAAAAAAGCCGGCGCAUCAGAGGCCUCUGAAACUAGCAAAAACAGCGACAUCUUUAGAUCCGCUGCCUACGAGACAUUCUUUUUGCUGCAGUUCUUCUUGAUCGCGUAUGUUUCUAAAAUAUCCAUGGAGCACGCCACCCCAUACAUCAUUGAUGCUGUGGUCUCGGCAACUAAAAUGCUUUCAAGCUCUUCGCACGCCACGCUUUCUGCCAUUGGAAAGAAUGAAGAAGCCGUUAGAUUCUGGAGUAAAAUUGCCAUAAUUCUUGUAUAUGUUGGUUUUAGAGCCGCAGUGUUCAAAAAGUUUAUUACAAGACACCUGCAGAACUCUAAGAUGGACAAGCCAUUCUCCUCUCUCUUUAUCAUGCUCCACACUAUUGUUGGACUAACAGCAUAA